AUGGAGAGACUCAUCAAUCUCUUGGAGGAGCCGUAUAUGCAUACCUACUUCGCAUGCGUCCAGAACUUGUCAAUUGGACACUUUCUCCCCCACCAAGGAUCGAUUAUGCGUCUCUUCCAAGCUCUUUCGAAUUUGCAGACCCUUUCGCUCAACACGAUCAUUCCCAAACUGCGCCGCACCACGUCUAAUGAAGUCUAUGGCGUAUUUCCAGUGAACGAAUUCCUUGAUGCACACCUUCCUGCGUCGAUCACAACUCUCAACAUUCGCGACUGCACGAUCGGUUCAUUUUCCCAACUGUGCACCAUGCUUAGCUCUUUACCUCGCCUGUCCGUGUUGCGCCUAUCCGGGUGGAUUGGGAUCUGGCGAGGUUGUGACACCAAUAUCGGAAUGCAUCCAGACCUCAACUUGGAACAUCUGGUUCUCCAAGGGCUCAAUGAUUGGUGUGCUGAUGCGCUGAUGAAGUCAAUGCUGUCCACAAGAAUAAUGCAGUCCUUGAAGUACCUGGGUUUCAAGCACUGUGCCUGCUCCGUUUCUGUCCUUGUGGAAUUCCUUGCGAGAUUACAUUCCGUGGAGAUGCUUAACAUUGCUUUCAGCGUCCAAGAGGACGCCCGUGAAUUUCUGGAAACCUUUUCCGUUCCCCGCUCCUCAAGUCUGCCAUCUACGCUCGAGGUUUUGCAGAUCUCCCUAGAUCGCGACGGAACAACUUCACUCAACAUGGGUCUGCUGGCAGACUUGCUUGAUAACUUGACAUGCAGCGGUCUCAAAACCUUGCAUCUCUGUUUCGAUGCGGACAUCCUGGCUGGCGAGAGCAUGGACGAGAUAGCCGAGCGUCUAGAUCCAUUGAGCCGGAUGGGUAACAUAUUGGGAAAGGGCUUUUUUCGCGGCCUCUCACUCGUACUGGUCAAGUUCAGUGGGAGGCGCCAUUCAAGCAUCAACUAUGAAGUCGUGCAAUGUUUGAUGCGGGUCAUCCAACAUCGUGUCUGCUGUUCGCGUCCGUCGGCAGGCCCACAAGUACAACUUAUAGUCUACGACGAAGAUACACGCUUCUACGGGCUCUAG